CUUCAGUCCAUAGUCGAUCGGUAAACGAAACAGAACAGUUUUUUGACCGAUUUUAUUGUUUUAUUUUUUGUCUUCUUCAAAUACAUCACGUUCAAUUUGUGUGUGUCUUAUUUAAAAAAAAAGCUAUAAACUCUUCAAAAGAGUCAAAGUUUGAAGCAAAUGUGCGAAUAAUCACACCAGCGCGACUUAAUAUUCAAUUUUAUUAAUACGUCGCGAUAAUUUCCUCGAAUCCGCUAAUAAAUAGAGACUCGAAAAAAAUAAACAAACAAACGAGAUAAGGAAUUGAAGAAAAAAUCAAAAUUGAAGAAAGUUUCUUUCUUGUCCAAAAUGGGUCGCUUUUGGGGCUUUUCCGCCCUCGUCGUUGCUCUUUGCGUCGCUCAAACGUGGGCGGUGCGCAUUAAGGGCUCUACAGAAAUCGAUAUCGAACGCGCCAAGUACCUCAAGUUGCAAGAUGACAUGUGGGCUCUUGUUGAACAAGGCACAAUCCAAAAGCACGACAUCGAGGAGAAACUUUACUCGACUUUUCGGGAUCUUGCAACUUCCAAUUGGACCGCGAGGUAUAAAGAAAACGAAUUUGCGUUUCUUCAGCGGUUUUACGAAUGGAAUUUAGUUGAAAAGGAUUUGCUUGGAAUUGAGGGCUUAUGGGGAGCUUUUAAGCAUUUUCUCGCAAAUCAAUUCACGGCGAACGAUUUUAAUGAAUUGGCGGCAAUGGACUUUGCUGAUACUGUAUUCCACGAUAAACAACUCACGAUGAAUGGGUCACUUGAUAGCGUGCAUCGAAUUAUGGUGAAACAGGGUUUUUACUAUAAAGCAGCGAUGGAGGCGAAAAAUAGCGUUUGCUCCACAAAACAAUCGCCGCAACAGAUGAUGUUCCAACUUUACAACGUCUUGUCGCUCACGGAGCUCAAGGGAUAUGCCAUGAUGCAAUUUUCAUGGAUGUUACUAAAAACCUAUGGCAAAGGAAACUUCGCCAAAGAAGCGGAAAUCAUGAAAAAUCAAUUCAAUGAACGCACGAAUCAGACCCAAACACUGUUAAAACGCGUUAUGGAACGCGCCGAUCGCUCCGUUUGGCGUUGUGACCCCACGCAUCACGUUUCCGGCGAAACUUAUGAGGAAAUCACGCGUCUCUUGCAAGGAUACAUCGAAAACGAGGUCGAUUUGAAUGCCGAUGGUACUUGUAUGGAGAAUUGCGCCGCUUACCAAUACACGGAAAGUCACGGUUGCUUCAAGGGCGAGAAGAAAUAUUGCUCGCGACAGGAAAAAUGUAACGGAAAAUUGCUUCAUUGUCGUUACGUUGACUCGGAUAUGUGGAUUUGUCCUGCUCGCACGUCAAGCAAUCGCAGAUACGAGUAUAUCGAGUACGAAAACGGAAAAGUGUUUGGCAAACAACAAAAUUGCGUACGUGGAACGACAAAAGUUGAUUCGUGGUGGCGUUAUUUGUUCUGGCAUUGCAGCUAUUGCUUCUGUUUGUGCGAUCAGCAAGGCAAAAAGAGUGACAGAUACUUCAAUUUACGUGAAUCUGUCUCGAAUGUCGUUGAAAAUAAAGUCGUCACAGGAGUUCGUUUCAAGAAACAAAACCGAAUAAUUCACAUCCAAAUCCAAGAAGGACGAUUAUUACCGAGAGGCGCGAUCGAUCCUGACUCCGUCGAAUGGAAACCAGUGUCGGAUUAUACGAUUUUCGAUCGCGGAAUCCGCAAUGGACACGAUUAUCACACCUUAAAAUGGGACAAUCGCAGUUUUGACUUGGAUGAUCUCAUGGCAAAGCCUUCGCAUGUGCUUACGGGCGUCAAAUUCCGCGUCGUUGGUACUCAUUUGAACUUGGAGAUCAGAGUAAAUGAGUUUGACUUCGCCUCAGGAAGGAUUGAUCCAACGGGAGAAUGGAUUUCCAAUGAUAAUACUGAUCAAAGUUCAGUUAAAAGGCGCGAAUUGCGAUUCAAUCGUCCUGACAUUCCAACUGCCUCUCAAAUGAAAUCGCUGCCAGAUUCGGAUCCGAAUCAAUAUUUCGACUUUGUGAACUCCGAUUUGGAUAGCGAUGCGGCCCAAUCUACCGUUCCCUUCAUCGAUAUUCAAGAAGUGACGAGUGAACCGCUCGUUCCGCUAUCUGGCGUUGGCACGUAUCACAAGGGACGUGAUUUAAGCGGCGGAUUUGUUGCACUCAAAAUUAUCACGUACGACUUCAGUCCACACAUUCAGUUACCAGACUAUGCGGAAAAUUAGAUUUAAACGUUUUGGAAUCUCUGUCAUUAGAUUUUAAGUGAAUGUUCCUCGAAAUUAUCCCCCAAGCGAUAUUCUGUAUUAGACAGAAGUGAAUGCUCCCUCAAUAAAGAUUAUUUCUAUA